UCGAUUCUGCAGUGUAUCAGGGGCAGGUUAUGUUCGCGUCCUACUUGAGUCUUGACCUGAACUUUGAAGAUCCUUGUCAAAUAUUGAAGUAAUCUGCUUAAUGAAAAAAAGCCGCACAACAUUUGAAAAGGACGUCGAGACUCUUCAGAUGAGAUCAACGCGAGUAUACUUUGCUUCAUGUUCGUGAAACAAUGACACUCACUAUCCAGCAGGUGGUGGCAGACGCAAAGGUCUUAGUGUCGAAGCUGAAAGAGAGUACUGAGAAGGCCGACGACCUCAUCGCGAGGAGCAAACAGUUACAGAAGGAAAUUGACGAUAUGGCCACUUACAGGGAGGACAGCGGAGGAGAGGCUCCUCCGGUGCAGCCGACCAAGCUGUUCAUACCUGAGAACGCUCAGAUAAAGGCUCUGGAGCAGGAGAACAAGGAACUUCGCUGUGCUAUCAUCGAACAGCAGAACGGGCUUGAAAUGAUAAUGUCCAAAUACCGACAGGAUAUAACCAGCCUCGUCAACCAGACGAGGAUGAACCUCCCUAAGAUAAACGAGGGCAGUUCGCAUGACACUAUGCUCAAUCAGGCUUUGAGGAUCAACGAGAUGGCCGAAAUCAUGAAAAAAGCCUCAUUUGCCGAUGAAGACAAAGUCCUCCAGAAUGAGGAAUUGUUGCAACAGCUUAUGACUGAAAAUCAGGGGCUUAAAGAACUGGUUAAAAUUUCUGCUGAAAACGGUUCCCUCAAUGUUGACAACAUCCCCAGCUAUGAAGAUCACAGCUCAGAACUCGCUGACAGCCAGCACACGAACAUCUCAACCAUCAAACCCAAACAAAAUACUGUAAAGAGGAAAUUAAGUGCUAAAACUGACAAGUAAUUCUGAAAAUUAGUACUUAAAAAUUAUUAUAUUAAAAAAAAUCCCAAUCAAUGUUAACAAUAUAAUAAUUACAAUUGAACUAAUAUUUCUGUGAAAUUUCAUUCCCAAGAUCAAAGCUUCAGAAAGAGACCUUUUAGAAUAAAGUGAAACAUUUUUUUUUCUCUUUCUUAUGUUAUUAAAUGUAUCCAAGCAAUAAAUUCUUCUUUUUCUUGGGUAA